CAAACGUUUAAACGCCGAGGAAGUAGACUUGUCCGAUGUCAACUUGACAUGAUAUGCAAAUUCAUUCGAAAAUAUAUUAUAUAUUUCAUGACUUAAACAACAGUCGACUAGAAGUGUUAUAAACACUCAUGCCAGCUCAGCCUGCUGCGCGAGAACCAGACGGGGAAAUGGAGAGGAAGGCUGACACUGAGGUUCUUCAGACCAAUGGUGAGGUGGAGGAGGAACGUGAGAGAGACGGAGGAGAUGCGGAGGAGACAAUGGAGGAGAGUGGAGAGGAACGGGAGAGCGACCUGGAGGAGAGUGAGGCAGAGGAGGAGGAGGAAGAAGAGGAAGAGAGUUCAGAAAUGGACGAUGAAGAUUGUGAGAGAAGACGAUCACAGUGCCUGGACGAAAUGUCUGAUCUUGAGAAACAAUUCCUGGAGUUAAAAGACAAGCUUUUUCAAGAACGUCUGAACCAGGUUAAAAUGAAGCUGGAUGAGGUUUUGUCCGGAAAGGCAGGAGAGUACAGAGAACCUCUGGCAACACUGCAACAGAACCUGCAGCAGAGAACACAAGUGGCAGGUGUGUACAGGGAACUUUGCCUGCAGGUGGUCAGACACAAACAUGAAUGUGAGGUGCAGGGGGCAAGACAACAUCUGGAGAGUGAAAAGACACUCUUGUUUGAUGCCAUGAAAACAGAACUGCUGGAGAAGAUCCGGAGACUGGAGGAGGACAAGCAGUGCAUAGACAUCACCUCAAAGUGGUGGAAUGAUGAAGUGCGGAUAAAGAAGUGUAAGAGGAGGAGUCACCUGAUUCGCCCUGACAGGAAGAAGAAGGCAGCUCUUGUGUCAGGGCCGUACAUAGUGUAUAUGCUGAGAGACAUUGAUAUACUGGAAGACUGGGCAGCCAUCAAGAAGGCCAAAGCAGCACUAAUGCCCUUGAAGAAGAAGGCUGAAAACAGGCAGGUGUCAGUGAGCUGUGAGGGUGGAGCUCUAUUCUAUGAUGGAGAGAAGUUCUCUAAAGGCAGUAGUGUCAUUCUAGAAGUCAACGAUGACAGCCCAGCACAGGCAAUAAUAACAGGGAUCAGUGCAGGAGAGGUCUGGUUCAAACGCACAGAUGGAACCAAAACCAAAAUCUACGUCUCCCAGCUCCAGAAAGGCAAAUACACGAUACAAAGAGCAUAGAGAAAAUGAAUAUUACACUCAGAGAGUGUGUACCUAACCUUUAAUAAUUACCAAAUAACACACUCAAAUUUACCAACACCUUUAAACAGCCUAUGAAAUCCAAUCAAAUGCUAUGCACUAUUGAUCUGACCAGAGGCUAUCUGUUAUGUGCAGUGACUUGUGAUCUCAGAUCAGUUUUGGCUUUGAUAUAUUUAUAAAUGUGAUAAUAAGAGGGAUCUGGUCCUAGAUGAACACUGUUACUCUAUGACACACACAUGUACUAUUGAUGCACUUAAAAACGUAAAACUGUGCAGCUAAAGUUUAAUAACUAACACAUGCACAUCAUGCAAACUGUUGACCAAAUAUGGAAUGUUGACUUCUUUGAAUGCUAUCUGACUGUAUGAAGCAUUUCUGUACCAUAAGAUUUAAUUUUGGGUUCCCCACACCAAAAACAUUCAUAAUACAUCAUAAAUGUAAAUGAAGCCUGAUAUAUGCUAUUUUUAUUUAAUUUUUUGUAAUUUAAAGAAGAUUAUAGAAUCAAAGUCCAUUUCAAGUACACUAAAGACACCACAUGGGCAAAACAUCUCCUUACUGAUCUGAGAUCAGUGUUUAAUAGUUAAAGGUUUGUAUUUCGAAAGAUAAAGCAGAUCAAGAUCAUUGAAAAGAGCAGCCUCAGUCCAGCACAAAAGAAAACACAAUCAAACCCCUUUAAUCAUGUUUGCACUUCAGAAAAACAAGAUAUGUAACCGAUUUUCUUUUUUCAGAACAUUUUGAGUGACAGCCUAAUACAUAGGAUUUAUUGUCUGUAAACUGAUCUGUCAACAGAGGGUGCUUUUUAAAACUUAUUUAUGAAGUGUUUAAGAUAAUCAUGUAUUUAUAACAA